AUGUCAGACAUAGAAGCAAGGGAUAAUGAUUCAAAUCACGAAGAAAAUGAAGUUGAUGACUUGUUCGGUGAAGAUGAAGAAGAACAACAAACUCAGACGCAAAUAGAAAACGACGAAGAUAACGAAGACGAAGAUGAUGCAGAUAGAGACGAAGAGGACGAAGAAGAGGAACAAGAGUUGAAAACACUUGAUAUAUCCUUGCCCCGUCACGCUGUUGCGCAUAAGCCAGAAGAAGACACAUAUAUGUUGAAAAUGCCAGUAUUUUUGAAUGUAGAAGCACAUCCUUUUGACCCUACUGAAUUCAAAGAGAAGGUUGGUCAAAAUGCAAUUGAAAGAAACAAUAGUUCUAUGAAUGCAAAGCAAGUUCAGAACGAUCUAAAUGCUGAGAAAUUAUUAAAUGAAAACACCAUAAGAUGGAGAUACACAAACAGUGGUAAUGAUGAAAUUAUCAAACAAUCAAAUGCCCAUUUCAUACAAUGGAACGACGGAUCGAUCUCAUUGAAAAUAGGAAGUGAAAUGUUUGAUUAUAAAGAAUUGCCAGUUUAUGAUAAUUUCUUAGUUAAGACUCAUGAUGAUUACGAAAUUUUGCAAAAUGAUUCGAUUAUAAAUAAACUGGUAAAUUUAUUACCAUCUUCAACUUUCACAUCCACUCAUAAAAAAUUGACCGAAGCGGUUAAGAAUAUUCAAAAGAAAGAUAAGAUUUUGAAUACGAUUACUGAUAACGACCCGUUAUUGAAGCAAAGAAUGGCUGACGAAAAUGAGAAGAAGUCGCUUAAGAUGAAGAGACAGAUGGAAAUUAAGAGAAGAUUACAGGAAGAAAGAUUGGAAAGAACAAACAGUCCAGUUCCCGGCAUGAGAAACUCUUACGAGCCAGCUUACGAAAGAUUUGAAAGAACAUAUGGUGAUGAAGAAUACGACGAAGAGGAUGAUUUCAUUGCUAAUGACGAAGAGGAAGAAGAAGAAGGCUUUGAUGAAGAGGAAGAAGAAGAAGAAUUCGAAAAGGGAUCCGAAAGAUUGAGAAAAUUGAAGGCUGAAGGUGCCUCCAAAUAUAAUAACCGGGACGAAGCAGAAGAAGAGCCGGGACAAUCUACUCACCAAAAAGAAGAAGAAAAAGAUGAUGAAGAAGAAAACAAGCAAGCAAGAAAGAAGCGUAGAAUUAUUGAUUCUGACGACGAAGAAUAG